AUGAACCAAUCUUUGGACUUUCAGAUUCGCCUAUCUGAUAGUCGUCCUCAGCCGAUAGUGUUUCCGGGCACAUUUCAGAUGCCACUAAAAGAGGACGAUGAGGAGCCACAGACUGAACUUCUGAACGCUGACAAUGUCGUUCGCACCGACGACCCUGUGGGUGAUCCUGUGCAACAGCAGGAUCACGGCGAUUGCUCUUUGAAGGAAUCUACGCCUCCACGCAAGAGAGUGAAAUUUGACUUGGAGGAUAAGGAGAACUAUUCUAGCGAUGGAAAAAUCGCCAGCGAAGAAGAAGAAGACAACUGCUAUGUGGAGGUGUACUAUGUGGAUGGCGAAGAUUACAAGCCGGAUGCUACUGAUGUGAAGGGCGAAGAUUACAAGCCGGAUGCGAAUAAUGAGAAGAUUUGUGAAAACAAUGGCAUGUCUGUUCAUACAACAUGCGUGGCUAAAGCUAAGUCUUCCACCAAGGUCGAGGACGAGAGCCUCGAAGACGGAGAGCUUGCCGACGAAACCACUGAGCAGACAGAAGUCGUCGAAGUACAGGAUCUCCAGUAG